AUGUUAAAAAGUUUGUUGCGGAGCUAUUUGGCCUUCUCCAACAAGUACUACGUUCCGAUCAUGUAUCGAUAUGCGUUGAAGAGAGCUCUCAAGUUGUAUCGAGGAGAUGUCCAUGAACAAAUUGUAAAUAAUAAUUUAACAAAGGAGGCUCCAAAUAAUUCAAAAAGUUUUGAUCAGUUGGAUUGGAAUAAAAACUCACAAGUAGUGAACGAAUUAAUGAACACGAUCAAGCAAGAACAAGAUGUAAUUAUGAACUCGGAAAUUACUCGACAAUUUUUACAAAAUGAAAAGGAAGAACGAAAUAUGAUAGACAAGAGUUGGCUUCCAUUGGUCGCUCAAUAUAUUGCCUCGAAUCGAGUGUUAGCACGAGAAUUAUUUAAUGGUGAUGAAACAAAGGCCAUGUUGUUCAUAUAUGACCGAGCGUUAUUGCCUCCCGUAGAGAAAAUGAUGAGAAUGGUGUUAGGAGGUCAAGGACGAAAGGGCAUUGCAAGCGGAUGGAUUGUCAGAACACCAAGAGCUGGAGAAGAUGACAACCAAGUAGAUGUUCUGGAAUAUAUGUGGAAAAUGAUGAGCAUGGCAAAUGAUUUGAUUCAUGCUUGGACAUUGACACAUGAAAUUUAUCAUGAAACAAAGCUCGCGGCAAACAUGUCUUUAGAGCAACAACAACAACAGGACAAGACACUUUCAGGACAAGAUGACGAUAGCUCUAAAAAAAUUAGGAUCUCUACCAUUCGAGUGCAUCAUUGCAUGUUAAAUCGAUUUUUUAGAGCUCAUAACGCUUUGAAUUUAAUGCCUGUCAUUUGUUCCUUUGACACUAUUUGGGCAAGAAAUGCGUAUGAACACACUGGUCACAAACUUCGAAGAAAUCAAACAUUAAGCCUUGGUGGAAAUUAUUGUGCAUUUGAUUUUUCAAAAGAUUUUGAUAAGGAGCAUGAUGUAGUGUCAAUAGAAAUUGAAAAAUUACGUAAACAGUAA